GCUAACUUGCAGCUAGGGCUUCUGCAUUCAGAACAUGGCUUGUCACACUCCAAAACUUGCACGGAUGCUGCUCGGUGGUCUUCGUGUCAACGCGUGCACAAGGAACUAUGGUGCCAUCAAGAGAUUUCUGACUAACCACAUCAGAGGCUUCACGUCUUCUGCCAGAUGUCAAGAUGGCAAGUCCAGCUCUGGAUCCACCGAUGACCAUUUAACAGUGAAUUUCAUCAAUCGCAAUGGAGAAACUCUGACAGCCACAGCCAAGGAAGGGGAGAGCCUAUUGGAGGUGGUUAUCCGUCACCAUUUGAACAUUGAUGGAUUUGGUGCCUGCGAGGGGACUCUCGCCUGUUCUACUUGUCACCUGAUAUUUGACCAGAAGCACUUUGACAUGUUGGGCGCCAUAUCGGAUGAGGAGCUGGACAUGCUGGAUUUGGCUUUUGGACUGACAGACAGGUCUCGUCUUGGCUGCCAGAUCUGUAUGAGAAAAGCCAUCGAGGGUCUGACGGUGCGCGUGCCGAGAGAUGUGGCUGAUGCCAGAGGGGAGACUAUGGGCCAGCAGAGCCAGCAAUGAUAUGACCCAACACUCGUUAUAUUUUACAAUACGAGCCGCCG